AUGGGUUUGGGACCCAGUUUGGCGUGCAGGCCUGCACGCCAACUGCAGGCCAAUCUACCCUGCAGCAGAUUGGCGUGCAGGGGCGCACGCCAAUCUGCGCUUGGCGUGCAGAUUGGCGUGCGCCAUCGGGGUUGGCGUGCACUUAUCAACCCCCCGGCCGAGUAUUUGUCGGCAUCACCACCAUUGUCGUCUCAGUGGCCCCAUCGACGAUCUCGUUGCCAGUCAUCCAGCCCACCACCUCAGAUCCUGACAAACAAGCCGCCUAUGAUCGACACGGAGAAGACCCAGACUCAAGAUCAGCAGGACAGCGUCCAUCUGCCUUCCACCUCCACCGCCGAGAUCUAUCAAUCCCACAUUGCCUCGAUGAUCCAGGAUGCCGUUGCAGGUUACAACUCGACCCUGGUGGAGAUAUAG